AUGCUCACACCUGCCUCCUCCCUCACGCUUGGCCCUCACCUCCUCCUCCCUCACGCUCGGCCCUCACCUCCUCCUCCUUCACGCUUGGCCCUCACCUCCUCCUCCCUCACGCUUGGCCCUCACCUCCUCCUUCCUCACGCUUGGCCCUCACCUCCUCCUCCCUCACGCUCGGCCCUAACCUCCUCCUCCCUCACGCUCGGCCCUCGCCUACUCCCUCCUCCUCCUUCAAACUCGCCUCCUUCACGCUCUGCCAUCACUUUAUCCUCCUCUUUUACACUCGGCCCUCGCCUCCCUCUUCACGCUUCACGUCCUCCUCCUCCACACUCAGCUCUCGCCUCCUCCUCCUUCACACACACGCUUGACCCUCACCUCCUCCUCCCUCACGCUUGGCCCUCACCUCCUCCUUCUAAGCUCUGCACUCGCCUCCUCCUCCCUCAUGCUCACACCUGCCUCCUCCCUCACGCUUGGCCCUCACCUCCUCCUCCCUCACGCUCGGCCCUAACCUCCUCCUCCCUCACGCUUGGCCCUCACCUCCUCCUCCCUCACGCUCGGCCCUCACCUCCUCCUUCCUCACGCUUGGCCCUCACCUCCUCCUUCCUCACGCUUGGCCCUCACCUCCUCCUUCCUCACGCUUGGCCCUUACCUCCUCCUCCUUCACGCUUGGCCCUCACCUCCUCCUCCCUCACGCUCGGCCCUCACCUCCUCCUCCUUCACGCUCGGCCCUCACCUACUCCCUCCUCCUCCUUCAAACUCGCCUCCUUCACGCUCUGCCAUCACUUUAUCCUCCUCUUUUACACUCGGCCCUCGCCUCCCUCUUCACGCUUCACGUCCUCCUCCUCCACACUCAGCUCUCGCCUCCUCCUCCUUCACACACACGUUUGGCCCUUCACCUCCUCCACCUCCCUCACUCUCUUUCCUCCUUCACACUCUCGCCUCCUCCUGCUUCACUCUCGACUACUCCUUCACACUCUCCCCUCCUCCUUCACACUCUGUCCUUGCCUCCUCCUCCUUCAUGCUCGGCCCUCGCCUCCUCCGUCUUCCUCCUUCACACUCGCCUCCUUCACGCUCGACCCUCGCCUCCUCCUCCUUCACGCUCGGCCCUCGCCUCCUCCUCCUUCACACUCGCCUCCUUCACGCUCGACCCUCGCCUCCUCCUCCUUCACGCUCGACCCUCGCCUCCUCCUCCUUCACGCUCGGCCCUCGCCUCCUCCGUCUUCCUCCUUCACACUCGCCUCCUUCACGCUCGGCCCUUGCCUCCUCCUACUUCACACUCUGCCCUCACAUCCUCCUCCUCCUGCUCCUCCACACUCAGCUCUCGCCUCCUCCUCCUCCUCCACACACAUUCCUUUAAAUGCAAAAGUUAUGUGUCCCGGCUCCAACAUCUACUACAGCAUCAACACGUACAGUGGAGGGGAAACUCAACAGCUACUGUACCUCGUGUCUCCCACCAUCAACAGCGAAGAUGACCCGCUGUCUUGGAAUGUUCAUCAGGUUCUACAGCAGACAGGUGCUACAGCAGACAGGUGCUACAGCAAACAGGUGCUACAGCAGACAGGUGCUACAGCAGACAGGUGCUACAGCAGACAGGUGCUAGAGCAGACAGGUGCUACAGCAGACAGGUGCUACAGCAGACAGGUGCUAGAGCAGACAGGUGCUAGAGCAGACAGGUUCUACAGCAGACAGGUGCUACACAGCAGACAGGUGCUACAGCAGACAGGUGCUACAGCAGACAGGUGCUACAGCAGACAGGUUCUACAGCAGACAGGUGCUACAGCAGACAGGUGCUACAGCAGACAGGUGCUACAGCAGACAGGUGCUACAGCAGACAGGUGCUACAGCAGACAGGUGCUACAGCAGACAGGUGCUACAGCAGACAGGUGCUACAGCAGACAGGUGCUACAGCAGACAGGUUCUACAGCAGACAGGUGCUACAGCAGACAGGUGCUAGAGCAGACAGGUUCUACAGCAGACAGGUUCUACAGCAGACAGGUGCUACAGCAGACAGGUGCUACAGCAGACAGGUGCUACAGCAGACAGGUGCUACAGCAGACAGGUUCUACAGCAGACAGGUGCUACAGCAGACAGGUGCUACAGCAGACAGGUGCUACAGCAGACAGGUGCUACAGCAGACAGGUGCUACAGCAGACAGGUGCUACAGCAGACAGGUGCUACAGCAGACAGGUGCUACAGCAGACAGGUUCUACAGCAGACAGGUGCUACAGCAGACAGGUGCUACAGCAGACAGGUGCUACAGCAGACAGGUGCUACAGCAGACAGGUGCUACAGCAGACAGGUUCUACAGCAGACAGGUGA